AUGCCCUUCGUGAAGGAACAGAAGAACUCGGCCUACUUCUCCCGUUACCAGGUGAAGUACCGUCGUCGUCGCGAGGGCAAGACCGACUACUACGCGCGUAAGCGUCUCGUCGUCCAGGCGAAGAACAAGUACGCCAGCCCGAAGUACCGCUUGGUCGUUCGCAUCACGAACAAGGACGUUAUCUGCCAGAUCGUCUCCGCCAAGCUCCAGGGCGACGUGGUCCUCGCCGCCGCCUACUCGCACGAGCUCCCCCGCUACGGCAUCAAGCACGGUCUCACCAACUGGGCUGCCUGCUACGCGACCGGUCUCCUCUGCGCCCGCCGCGCUCUCACCAAGCUCGGCCUCGCCGACAAGUACGAGGGUGUCACCGAGCCCUCGGGUGAGCUCGAGCUCACCGAGCCCAUCGAGGGCGAGCCCCGCCCCUUCAAGUGCUUCCUCGACGUCGGUGUCGCCCGCACCUCGACCGGUGCCCGUGUCUUCGGCGCCAUGAAGGGCGCGUCCGACGGCGGUGUCUUCAUCCCCCACUCGGAGCAGCGCUUCCCCGGCUUCGACCCCGAGUCGAAGGAGUUGGACGCUGAGACCCUUCAGCGUUACAUCUACGGCGGUCACGUCGCCGAGUUCAUGGAGACUCUUGAGGAGGAGGACGACGAGCGCUUCAAGAAGCACUUCUCGACCUACCUCGAGGACGACAUCUCGUCGGAGGACAUCGAGGACAUGUACCGCGAGGCCCACGAGAAGAUCCGCGAGGACCCCACGUACACCAAGACCGACAAGGCCGACCUCGCUGCCUGGAAGGAGGCGUCGAAGAAGACCCACCCCAAGAAGCUCUCGACCGCCGAGCGCAAGGAGCGCGUCAAGGCCAAGAAGGAGGCUUGGCUCGCGUCGCGCGAGUAA